AUGGAAAUCAAAACCUCCCUGAAAAACAACCAGAAUUCUCACCUCGCCGAUACAUCUUCAACCAAGUCAGGAUAUAAACAAGCCAAAAAUCUUUCUUUAGCUCUGCAAGAUCAGGAGAUAGAAAAGUUGAGAAGAGAGUUGUUGGAGGAAUUGGAUAGACGCGCAAUGGAAAGGAUUCAACAGAAGCGAGAGGCUGAAGAACAAGCAUCACAAGAGAUGGCUCGACAUAGGAGUGAGGAAGAGAUACUUGAUGCUUUAUUUGAGGUUUGGAAAGUAAAGCACUUUGAUCGAGAAUAUCGAAAAGAGGAUGAGGGAGCAGCAAGGGCAAAGAGGCCAAAGGGUGUCGUAAGUGCAACGGAUAGCGAUUCCGAUGAAGAGUCGGAGAAUGGAUUUGAGUACCCAAUAGAGGAGAUGAACACAAGUGAUGAGGACUCAGAUACCGUUGAUGAUCGAAAAAGGAUGGAGGCAUAUCUUGACAGGAAGCUGCGCAGGAGAUUUGAUGAUGAGAGAGCCCAACCAACUUUCUUUUCCAGAACCAUGCAAGAGGGGGAGACAAGUGCUGAUGAAGAGAUUCUGGAGGAUAAGAGUGAUGAGAGUGAAGGAAGCGACAGUGAUGAGAGUUCAUCUUCAGAUGACAAUCCAGUAUCUCCUGCAUCAACAGGCAGUGAGUAUAAUGCUCAAUAUUCAAAGGAGGAGAAUUGGAGCUACGAUGGAGAGGACUUUUAG